AAGUGCUUUAGUUCGCCUCCGACGUUCGCCGCAACUGCACGUGUGUCCGGACCCUAUACGUCUGUGUUCCGGUCGCCCGAAUCGCAAGCGUGUGUCUCUUUAACGACGUCGAUAACUACGUAACCAGUAGCCGGUAAAAACAUUCUGGCGGUGUUCAGCAGACCGUUGCGGGGAAAAGAAUCGUAAUUCGCUCGCAAACCUGGGGGGAAAGAACAAAAACUAGUGAUGAUGAAUCGAAUCUGAAGUGGUCGGCGAAUUGUGCAAAAUUGAAAAUUGGUGCUUUUUUGCGGCAGAGAACGAGAUCUAGUUUGCCGAGUGAAUCGGAGGUAUUGUUCUUGAGAUGUGGGUAUAUGGCGCGAAGGUGUAGAAGUAGGCUGCGGUUGGGAAAUUGAGUGAUAAAAAAACAAGUGAAACGAUUGUCUCCUUGCUGGUCGACAGACCUGUAGUGCGUUGAUGAACAGUCGUGUCAUCCGGGCGUGGAAUACCAUAAACGGUUUACAUUUUCACCUGCCUGCGUGUGAACGCUAAACUGGAGAAAUACAGACCAAAACAGAAAACGUUCGGCAAGCGAUUGUUGACAACGCACGCAGUGUGUAUAGUAGGCGUUGAAGUCCAUCGAAGUGUGCGGGUUGUGGGAGCUAUCGCAUGAGAGUUUGUCCAAUUAUUCUGUAUUUUGCAUGGACUACUAGACGAGUAGUUCUCCCAGUAGAACCGGAAGUGGCCCAGUGAAGCGUGAAGAACGACUUUGCAUUGCGGGCUCUUGCAACUUCAGUGCGUUCAAUAACUGAAGAGCAAUAAAGUGGCGCGUGUUCCACGACCCUAUUGGUGGAUGUGAUUGGUUUGUGUUUCAGUGAAUGUGUGUAAAAUCUUUGAUUUUGGUGGAUUAUUACGCCGAUUGGGCACGGUUUCGGCCAUAAAAAUCGGCAACUACUAAUGAAACAGACAAACGCGGAAAUCGUGGAGGAAAACAAUUCAAUUGAAUGAGCUUGUUGCUGUUGUUGUUUACGUGAGUUAAUCGACGAAAUCAAAACAACCCAAACAAAACCUAAAUCGACGAAAAACCCUCGACUCGUUUCCAUGGUGACUUUCUUCAAACAAAACUUGACAGAGCAGGCCAUGGAUUAUCGAUUUUGCCGAUCCGAGUUGGACGAGGUUGCAUGAAAAUAUGAAAAGAGCUUCCUAAGCAAGUGAUAAGUCAAAUUUCGUGAGUUUGCGAAAGUAAUCGCUGUGAAGAGUCUGUUAUUUUUAAGAAUCGUUGAAAAUCAGUGCAAAACAUGACAACCCCAAGGCUAGUGACGUUGCUUUGGGCAACGGUGUCCGUGGUGUUGGUGGCCGGAUCCCACUCCUCGUCGGUGUACGUGGACAAAGCGGCCUACAAAAAUAUCGUCGUCGAGAUCCAAGACAACGUACCGGUCGACAACUGUCAAACGAUACUGCACAAUCUAGAGAUUAUGCUAACAUCUGCCUCGCAGUACCUGUUCUCGGCGCUGGAUAGUCGAGUGUACUUUGGCGAAAUCUCAGUUGUACUGCCAGCGCAAUGGCCAAACUCUUGCAUCCCGUACAAUCAGACGCGAACCUCGUCUAGCGGCGAGCGAUCAGACGUUACCAUACGAUCUCACACCAAAGCCGAGUCACUUAUCUGGACCGAUCAGUACGCGGGAUGUGGAGAACCCGGCGAUCAGAUCUACAUCGAUUCGGAGAUCAUAGGAAGAGACACGAUCGGGCGGGAAUUCGUUCGAGAAUGGGCCAAGUAUCGGUACGGGGUGUUCGAUGAAAUCGGAUUCGAUAAAGAUCCCGUUUAUCCCAGAUGCUACAUCAACGAUGAUCAUGAAAUCAAGUUGACGGGUUGUUCUGACGCUCCGGUAAAUGACCAUGGGCUGUGCGGCAGCCCAACGUCUCCUCCUGUUCCGUACAAUAUCAGUGACAUCCUUGAUCGCAACGCCCGCACAAGUAUCAUGUUUGCUGCCGAAGCACCAAGCGUAUCCAUGUUCUGCGACGAAGGUACUCACAAUCGAUACGCCCCCUCAAAGCACAAUCAGAUGUGUGAUCGUCGUAGCACUCUCGACGUAAUCCUAAAACACCCCGAUUUCGUUUCUGAAAGUCCCAUUGCCGUAAACCCUUCAGUGAUCAUCAAUACAACGCCCAAGUUCAGCUACAAGACCCGUAAGUCGACACGCUACGUCAUCAUAAUCGAUGAAACCCUCGACAUGCAACUUCGUGAAUCAUGGAGUUUUCUCCGUUCAGCUAUUCGUAAAUGGGUCGUCUAUGACCUGCCUGGCAACACCGAGAUUGGAAUGGUUCUCGCCAACGACACUGCCACCGAAAAGAUUCUCCAAAUCUCUUCCCUGCACGUCCAAGAAAACAAAGACCUCGUCGCUUCGUUCAUCCCAUACUCCCCAAGUGACUCUCGUCAACCGGCCUGCCUAACCUGUGCCAUUUCCGAUGCCAUUAGCAUGCUCAACGAACGAACCCGUAUCAGCGGACCAGCCAACUCAGUAAUCCUGGUCGUCGCGCCCGGUAUGGACUUCUCGAUCGACUACAAGCCCCUGGCCAACGCUGCUCGAACCAACAAAAUCCGCAUCACCACCAUCAACUAUCCGAACGUCAUUCGACGGCAACCCCUAGAUGCACUAGCACACGGCACAGGCGGAUCCGCCUUCUCCGUCUUCGAAUGCAAAUACAACGGAGAGAAAACCUAUCUGACCACCUAUUUCGAGCUAACCAACGUACUCUUCAACAUCGGUAAGCUGUACUACGAAGGUAACUCGAACGAUCUUCCUGUAGAAAUCUACCGCAAAGAACUCGUAGAUGUUAUCGACGACUCCAACCAAAUCUCCAAGCGCACUAGCCGCACCGUCACCGGCAGUUUCAUGCUGGACUCUUUUAUGGGUCCCCCGGCCAACUUUUUCGUGUACAUCCACAACCCGGAAAACCCCUUGAUCACGAAUCUCAAGCUGACCAGUCCAAAUGGUAACAUCUACACCGCACGGAGUGAUGCACGAUCGCUGGUCAAACAGUUGAUGAUCUCGGCCGUGCUCAACGAAACCGGAACUUGGACGUACACGAUUGAUCGAUUCAACGGAAAUCCUCAGCCACACUACGUCCAAGUGAUCGCCACGCCACGAUCAAAGUACGCUCCAGUAAUCCAGGCUCGCUCAUGGAUCCAUCAGAGCAAAUCCGGUGGACCGCCCAUCAUUUACACCGAGGUGAAAAAGGGCGAUCUACCGGUAAUUUCCGCUUUAGUAGAGGUCACGGUUACACGACCAGACAAAGUUUGUCAGGCGGGAAGUGGUAUGGUGCACGAGUGUCGCGAGAAGCUCAAGUUAUUGGACACUGGCGCUGGCGAUCCGGAUAUCACCAAGGGGGAUGGAGUGUACUCGCGGUACUUCAAUGCGGAGGAGUUUGGUGGUUCCGGAGCAUAUCAGUUCGAAGUUACGGUUAGCGAUAAUGGCAACACGGCGUACUCGCUCUCCGAGAGUUAUGGAGUGACCACACCGAAGUCAGCAAGGUGUUGCGGAAGCUCGAUCGCAAUCCCACUGAAGCAGCCAUUAACUCCGUUCCAGCGUACUCUGCAACCGAUGACCGUAUUUGUUACACAGGAGCAGCUCAACGAUGAGAACCGUAAACUGGUGGGGCGAAUCAGUGAUCUGAGUUCCGAUGUCGAAGGAAUGCGUGUUAGACUUAGUUGGACUUCGCCGGAUAUGGGUGGAAAGACUGUUGCGCGAUAUGAGGUGAAAUACGCAACCACGAUCAAAGAUAUCGUGGACAACUUUGAUACGGCAGCGGUUGUGUGGCAUCACGAUAACCCGUUGACAUAUUCUAUCGGAGACGAUAGUACAUUCACAUUGAAUAUAACGCAUGAACCGCAUCUCAUUGGUCAGAUCUUGUACUUUGCCUUACGACCUUAUUCCAAGGUGACAAAAGAUGCCGAACCAGGACCGAUUUCGAACUACGUUCGGGUGUUCGUUCCGAAGCCCAAGCCUACCACUCUAUAUCCGUCAUCCAGCUCAAGUGGUACAGAGAGUUACGAUCCAAUUUGGAAUUCGUAUGAUGGUAUCAACAAACAUAGUGACGAUGGAACGGAUAUAAUUCCUAGGAUCGCGAAGACCAUGGACCUUGGUCUAGAGCUGCUACUGCCGAUAAUCGCCGGAGUUAUCCUAUUGUUAGCACUCAUUGUAGUCUACUGCUACUUCUGUGUCGUGAAGAAGCGCCACGACAAUCACGACGAUGAGCAGAAGAAACCAAUCAAACCUUUCAGAAGCGAUCAAAAAUCGUCAAGCCACAACGUUAUCGUAACCACCACUGGUCACGCAUCUUCGCCUUCGUCAAACUCUACUACGUCUUCAUCUUCAUCUCCAAAUCACGCCAACCAUCAACCUCACAUCCCAACGUCAGUGUCCUAUGACAUGAAUCUCAACGAUCACCAAACCGUGGGCAUCCCAACGAUCUACAACAUUGAUGACGACAUGACGAUGUCAAAGAAGCGCUACAGUUCAAUGGGCCUAACUCACCCAAGGGAACAACAGCUCAUCGAAGAGCUCAAGCAACAGCAGCAUAUCAUCGAUACUCAAUCAUUCAUCGUUCCAAACAACAAUAACAAUAAUUGUGCCGUCAGCAUAAUCUCCACCGCUUCCAACAACACUACACUGACCCGUACCUACAACCCUAACCCUAUGAUUCCUGGAGGUCGAACUCUAAGCCCCUAUGAGUCCUGGUCCGCAUCCCAACUGCUCCAGGAACACGAUCCACAUCACCCUCACCUUCCUCAGCCCACUCUCAUGGACGACUUAGUAGACAACAAUGUACCCCAGCAGUUCUACACCACACAACCGCACUCCCAGCAUGAUCAACUGUCCCUCCUGAACAACAACCACAUCAAUGAAAGCACUCCACCGGUUCCGCCACUUCCGAUCUACACGACGUCCAGCAGUGGGAACUCCACAAACUACGUCUACGGACAGCAGUCCAACAAUGGUUCGGUAAACUCCGUCAACAGCAAUGGGGGUAUCACCAACGGAGGAACCGACACCAAAAAGCGGCGGAAUGUAACUAUGGUCUAGAGUGCAAUUACAAGUAUGGGGAAAAGUGAGGGUAACACAUUUGGCGAAGAUAACUAACACUACGUACGAAGAAAAUUUCAAAAGAAAAAUGUCAACAGAAUAAACCAAAAAUGUCAUAUGUCCAGCUGUCGUUACGAUGAACGGCUAUUACUCCUUAGAAGCCUUCAGCCAAAUGGGGUUCCCCAGUUAAAAACGUGAUAAAUCUCCGUAGAAAUCACAUCCUUGGUCGGGGCAAAUGUGUACAUUACACAUUCAGUGCCAGAUAUGAAGACAUGAUCGGUGAUCGUUGAUCGAGACUGCUGAUUUCAACGCCAGAGUGAGGAAAAGUCGUAUAAUUGUUUUCAAUCAAUCGUACUAGUCAAAUUGGAAUACAACUUUGUCUUCGUGAAUUUCGUAAUUUUAGAACGCAUUACUAGCUAUAUCUACCAAGAACUGUGACCUAAUUCGAUUUCCGGUUUUUAAAUAUUUUUUUUCACUAAGUAUAAGACAAAGCAUUUUCCUAACACUGAAUCACAGGUGAUUAACGAAAGAUAAAGAGAGGCCAGCAUAAAGUACUUAAUAAGGUAAUAGUGAGCGAAACUAAUUUUUCACUAGCGAUAAAUAUGAACAUAAACUGUCAGAGCAUUUAAAUUACUAUAUUUUAUUGAAGAGUUAAAUUAAGAGACGAAACCAAUAUGAGAGAAUGAGAGUUUAUAUAGAAAGCGUAGAGUAUUUAGAUAACAAACCAAUUUGAACGCACCGAUGUUUAAAUUAAGAAAAUGCAACAGAACGAUGCAAAAUCAAUCAGUAAAAAAAACAAAUGAAGAUUUUAAAAAUAUAUCUUAAAGUUGUGUGACAUUACCCAAGCAUAUUAUAUGUACCAUAAAAAUGAACAAACUAAGACAUAAGGGAUGGAAUUACCGUGGAUCCCACCAAGUGAAGAGCUUAGGAUAUACAUAAACCCUAAUCACCUAUAUUACAUUGCAAACAUUCAAAACACUUGAAAGAAGGUCAGUUUCUUUACCAAAUCAUCUCAUCGUGUCAGUAUCAAAAUAGAGUAGUUAAGCAAAAUUUGUGCAUUUCUGUU